CACAUUCGACUUGUACCAACUCUAUUGGCUCCAUAAAUCAGAUAACUAAAUUCUUAAGCGCUUAAAAAAUAUGUAUUUACACGUGGGUAUUGCAAAUAUUAUAUAAAAAUACAUUUUUGAAUUUCAACAAUUUCUCAUUUAACAUUAUAUGUGUUCAUAUACGACUGCCUUGAGCGAUAUACCAUACCUCAUAUGAACUAAUCAUAUGUAUUUGUUGUGUUUUCGGUAAAAAAGGGUGGCAAUACUUUUCUCUUAGCUUUUAUAUUACAUUAUCUUUAUUUAUUAUCAAGUCGCCAUUCCCAAAUGAAGGAAAACAAGUAACGGGACAGUGCUUUUUUCUUUAAAAUGGCAUUAAAAAAAUUGUUUUUAUUAAUUUUAUUAUUAAAAAAAUGAAUUUUAAGUAGUGAACGUUAAUUUGUUGUCGUUAUCUGUUGUGAAAAUAGUGUAUAAGUUUAUUAGAUUUUGUGUGGAAAAUUAAACGCACAAGCAUCGCAAAAAGAAAAAGUCCAAUAGAAAAAAAUAGAAAAAAUGCUUAAUUAUCUGGCAUCCGUCGUCUCUUUCAUUAUCGCCUUCACCAUCACCUCUUAAGUGUGAAAAAAUUAUUUUUUAAACUAAAUUGUCGUAUCUAUUGAUACUGAACACGCACAUUUAAAAAAAAAACAGGUACUCUAUAAGACUGUUUUUAAAAUAAUAUAUCAAUAAAGAGCAUAUAAUUAAACGUUUACAGUGUGCGAGCUAUUGCCGGCGCUCGCCACCACUCAUUAACAAUCCUUGUGGAACAUGUCCGAAAAGAAUGUUCAAAGUGCAGCGCAGUGGACAAAGGCAACGGCAACGGCAGCGAAUACGGCAGCAGCUCAAAAGUUGCACGCACAAGGAUCAAUUAACCUUUAUGAUCAUCAAAAUACUGCUCCUAUACCAACUCAAUCUACUUUAUAUGUUGGAAAUAGUGGUACAGGACACCCAGCACCUUAUGUUGCCCGAUUUCAAACACCUUUAAUACAUCAUGCUUCCGCACCCCCACCGUCACUAGCACAUAAUACUCCAACAUUGCUUUCAACCUCUUCAAAUGUACCUGCACCAAGCGGUUUCGUACCGCCAUCAUAUUCCCCAGCUACCGUGGCAGCUGCAGCUACUUCUGUAUUAACACCAAACCCCUUUGCUAUCAAUGCUUCUGGUAAUAGUGGCAGCAGUGCUUUUGGGCUAGAUCAAUUCAUUUUAAUGAAUGCUGCUACAGCAGUUUCAAUAGCUGGCGCUAACGCAACUGGAACUACUGUGACAAGUGUAGCAUCUAUGCCACUAGUACCAAAUAAUGCCUCAAUGCUACAACAACAAACUGUAACAAACCCAAAUGUACAGCCAAUAACAAUAACAAGACAACAUGGAGAAAUGCCAUCUGCUAGUAGCGGCGUUAUCACCAGCACAAUAGUAGAAAAUGUCAUCAAUGCUAUAAGCAAUAAUGGAGAUGGAAAUGUUAAUGUAGGUGGCAUACCUGGACGUCUUAUAGGACUAGGUGUAAAAACACCGGAUGAUGAAAAACUAUCUCGUGUGCAUAAUAUGGUCGAAUCUAGUCUAAGCGAUCAAGCGAAACAACAAAUUGCACAAAUUUUGGAUCGUAUCUCUACAUUAAAACCAGUUGAAAAAUUGCUACUGUAUUUACGCCUACCAGGAGAAGCUCCUGACACAGAUCCUCUUCGUCAUCCACAAAAUCCACUUGGCACGCGUUCUGAAAUUAAUCAUACUAUAAAUUGGGUACGUUCGCAUUUGGAGCAUGAUCCACAAGUAUCUAUACCAAAACAAGACGUUUAUAAUGACUACCAAGCUUAUUGUGAACGUUUAAAUAUAAAGCCGUUAUCUACUGCUGAUUUUGGAAAAGUUAUGAAGCAAGUCUUUCCAGGUAUAAGACCUCGACGUCUAGGUACGCGUGGUAACUCCCGAUACUGUUAUGCUGCUAUGCGGAAAACUACAAAGUUAGCUGCACCUCAAUUACCACAAAUGAAUACUAAUAUAAGUGGUACACCAAAUACAUCAACAAAUACUUCUGAGAGUAGUACAUUGAUAUUUAGUACUGAAGAAUCUGAUACCGAAUCAUGGAAUGUUAUUAAAAAAUGGGCUGAGAAAUUGCUUAAUGUAAGGGUGGACGGAUUAAAAGAUUUAGCAGAACGAAUCAAAGGAUCAAACAUACUAAAUUCUGGUACAAUAACAUGUGCCUCUCGUGCAAAUGUUUCUAAUAAAAAAUACACUGCAAGAGAACCAAAGGAAAAACGUUUGCUUAAUGACAUGGGACCGCUUAAGAAAAGGCGUAAGAAAAAACGAAAGGGAUCAUCAUCUUCCGAAUCUAGUUGCAAUCAGUCACAGGGAAAUCAAUCAAUUAAUAACAAUAACAAUAGCAAUAUUACAAACAAUAACAAAAGUGAACAGUCUCCAAAAACGUCAAAUUUCGUAGGCACAGUUUUGUCUGAUGAUGAACAAAAAUUUAUGGUUAAAAUAAAGCAAGAAAUUAUUGAUUCUCCAAACAUACAACAUGCGCAGCAAUUGCCUCUACCACAAAUACAAAACGCUGCUAUAAAUACAAAUUAUAUACAGUCGACCACACAUCAAGUUUUGCCUAUUAACUUGGCUACAGAACAGCGCACAGUGCUUGCAAAAGCCCCACCGUCUGAUAUUGUAGAUAACCAAUUUGGUGGUAUUUUAUUGAAUCGCACUCCUAUGUCUGCUGUUAAAAAUUUAACACCAAAAAUUAUUGAAAUGUCUGCUAUUAGUACACCAUCGCCAGCAAAUACUGCAACCACUUUAGCUACACAGACCGCAAUCAGUGUGGAACAAAUAGUUAUUAAAGAAGAAGUUGUUGAUGACUAUAAUCCAACAAAUGUUUUUUGCAAAAAAGUACGCAAAGCGCAACAGACCAAAGGGUUUUGGAUUAAUUCACCAACACCUAAUAAUAAUUCUACAAUAACUUUACCAUCAACAGCUUCACCAGCAGCAUCUCCUGCAACACCAAAUAGCAUUUCAGUUAUUGCAACCCCUAAUAUUCCAACAAUAUCAGUGACAGCAGCUGUAUCUGCAGCCGUGACACGUGAUAUAGUUGGCAUUGAAUCACCUGUUACUAAUUAUUUAAUGGGUCCACCAGCACAAAUAUCAAAUAACGCAUCCACUAGUCCAUCAAUUUCAGGAUUAGGGUCCACUGCAAGUACGGAUAGUGACAACUCUACCAAUGUACCUAAAGUUGCUUCAAGAAAUAUGCAAUUACUACUUCGAGCGAAGAAACAGGCUGCAGCUGCAGAUGCAAAUAACUCUGAUAUGAAUGAAGAUAAAGAUACUGAAUUACCAGAAAAUCUUGGCUUACCACGAGAACGCGUCAUAAGUAUAUGCAAUAUGGAUAAAAGAGAACUUGAUGACUAUUUUCUACCUGAUGAGGAAGAUAAUUCACAAGAUCAAGAUACAGAGCUGCUUCAAUAUUUUCAGCCGGGAGACGCUGAGGAAAAAGUAAAUUCCUCUGAUGCUGUAAAAACGAAUCCAAUGUCAAUGCAAAUGCCAACUAACGAAGUUAAAAAAACUACGUUGAUAGCUGAACAUAGUGCUUUAGGAAGUUCGACUGAUAAUGUCGAAAAGAUUUCUAUUACCUCUAAUAGAUUAACAAAAAUAAUAGCACCAAACUCAGUAAGAAACAAUUUGCAAAAUACUGCAGUACCAAUUAGUACAGGAUUUGCCAAUGCAAAAAUUGUACCAACAUCUACAUUGACUUUACCAUCAAAUGUAACAACAACUGCAGUAACUAUUGGAUCUGCCUCAGCGUCUCUGGCUCUAAUGUCACAAAAGCAUCAAGAACAAAAAAAUCAACAUAUAAACUUCCAAAAUAAACGUAAGAUUAGUUUAAACACUCCACUUAAAAAUAGCGAACUAAAUUUAAAUCGUAAAAACUGCAUAUUUUUACCUAUCUCACCAAAUACAAAUAACGCUACUUUACAAACUAAUACAACGAAUAGUAAUUUCUUUGCAAGUCCUGGGCUAACACGACUCAAGCCGAAACCAGCGCUCGUAAAACAACAAUCACUGGACUGUGGCUCAAGUGACCCAAUGAUAGGCGCUAGCCGAAGAAAACGCACUUAUGCUACUGUCAUGCCAAACAAUACCUCUGCAUCAGCACCACCUAGUCCAUCCGUGCUGCAACAGCAGCAGCAACAACAACAACAACAACAACUAAUAGGUACUCAACAAGUUAUGAAUAAUACAUGGCUAACACUUGGUAGCAAUUGUAAUAACAGCUAUAAUGAUGUGACAACUGCAAAUAACGCAUUGCUAUCUGAGCAAGACUCGUUGGAUCUAGAUUUGUUUGGUACAGUUGCUGGUGAUACUGCAACUUAUGGUCAAAAUUCAUUUAGCUUCGAUAUAAACACAACAGCAGAAUGUCAAUUGACGCCUCUAAAUGAAAUGCAACGAUCCCAAUCAGUGCCAUUAUCGCAUUUACAACGCACACACUCGCCAGUUUUUAAUCGCAAUGGCUUUCAUACAAAUUACUCCACUUGUACUUCGGUUGCGCAAACUCCAGUGCCACAUGAGUUUACAGAGUCUACAAUGUUUUCCGAAAACAGUUGCAGUCAACAUAGUAACACACACAUAUCCAUGAUUAAAUUAGAAGAAUCAACUGGAAUUGGCUCAGACACCACUACUGUUCUGUCAUAUGAUGUAGAUGUGAACGAUAUACUUUCAUCGCCAGAUUUUGUUGCUAGCAUAGCACAAGCAAGUAUUGCCACUACAACGUGCUCAUCGGCUGGAUCUUCAUCUGGUUACAGUAGCAGUGGAACUUGCACUACAUUUGGAAUUACUGGCAACUGCAACAAUUCAACCGUUUCACGAUCAGUGCCUUCUACACCAUUACCACAUCAUCAGCAAAACCUUUUAGGAAAUAAUAACUUUUACAGCCGUCGCUUACAUGCCUUAAAUGAUGAAAUUAAUUUAUUAUCACCGAAUGCUGCUGCCACAUUUAACGGUAAUACGACAACAUUUACGGCUGCUGUUAAAUGUAGCGGUAUGCAUGCUGCACGAUCAGUAUAUGAUAUAUCAAAAUCUAUGCCAACGACUCCUAUAACUACGACUAGUUUUCGUUAUAGUCCAACUGAGUAUAAUCGUGAUUUUUUAAUCAAUGGCAAUAGUAUAGAUAUAUCAACUUUUGGAGCCGUUGGAACCGAUAAUUUAAUUGGUAAUGUGGAUGCUAGCGAAAUUGACAAAUCAAAUGAGACUCGGAAAUUAAGGGAUGUUCCAGAGAUAAAAAUGUAUCAUAUAGGUUGGUUUUUAGAAAAACGGCAACUAGUGAGCAACAAGCUUUUCUUAAUAUGUUGAAGUAAAUGUUAUAAAAAAUAUACUUCAAAAUACAAAUUCACCGGUAAAUAGAGAAUUAUUAAAGAAUGUAUAAAAUUCCUUAUAAUUACUUACUAAAUAAUUAAGUCAUACAUUAAAAAUGUCAUACUGCAAGUGGAUUGCCUUACUAAAUAGAAUUCAUAUCAAUUAUGAUGUAAAUCACUUCGCUUCACUCGCGGUCACAUGUAUACAGUUAAAGUGCCAACUAUGGCACCAAAGAAGCAAAAAAUAAAAACGAAAGUAAAUAAAUAUAAAUUGAAUUCACAAACAAUUUCUAUAGUAAGCGUCUUUAUAAAGAUUUUCAAUGUUAAAUAUAUUUAAAAAUAUAAAAACGCGUUUUGUCGUCUAAUAUGCAAUUUGCUUUAUUUAUUAAAGUGAAAUACUGCAAAUUAUCUAAAAACUACCUAGUAUAUUUUUGGAGCUCUGAAUUUUUUAAAUUUAUUUAUUUCUAUAAUUGCAUGAUCCAAUAUUAAGUGACUUUUAAACGUGUAUUUGAUUGUUAAUAUCCCUGACCAAUA